AGUAAACAUUCAGCGAAUAACUUCUCGCUGAAUCAUACGCAUUGCGUGUUUACACUACAGACAAACGAGUUUUUUUUAACAUCAUUCAUAUAUAUUUGAGGAUCAGGAUGGAUCAUCGUCUGCUGAUGUUAUUGCUUAGCCUGUGCCUUCUACCGACUGUGGUUGUUGGGCUACAGUGUCCGUCUUGCACUUACGCGGCCAUCCCUACGAAUAUUAAAAGCUACAUAAGAACAGUCAACGAGAGUAUUCUUAGCUUGUUCCAGGAUGAACCAUGUUCCCAUCCAAUUAAUGGACCCACUACAGGGAUAAAUGAGGUGGCAUGCGCCCCACCAGAGGGAAAGAUCGCUCGGUGCAGCUUCCACAAUGGGUCAAUAGAAGUGGAGGCGUUUUCUGGGAAAAUAGAACCCCUUCAGAUCUACCAUCGCGGCUGUUACUAUUCCCUCACCGCGGACGUCCCGUCCGAUGGCUGCCACAACCGAAGCGAGGUUAACGAAGACAAGUCUAUUCUUCAGCAGAUCAUACCUCGAGAUUUAAACGCCGUUCAUGUCGUCUACUUCAAAGGAGAAAUAUGUUUGUGCAGCGACACCUAUUGCCAAACUUCCGGCCCGACUACCGACCAAACUACCUGUCAAACUACCGGCUUAAUUUCCGGUUCCUCGUCUGUAUUCGGUUCCGCCAGCUUCGUUUUGAGCGUGAUUUCUGUACUGUUUAUGUAGACCAUGCUGUCGAUCUUAUGCUUGGAACUGUACAUAUAGUUUCACAUCUGUAUACAUGAGAAACAUUUAUCCCAUUAUUCAAUAUGUUACGAACAUAUUGAAGUGCUUUCGUAUUUUCUUUACUACUAAUUAUUAAAACGAGACUGUUCUUAGUUCAAUAUCUGAUGAGAUGAGGAUGUGUAUGUAUUCAUGAAUCUAUGUAUGUUUUGUUUUUCAACAGAAGGAGGCAAAACCGUUGUUUCGUCAAGUAAUGUUAUUGUGUAUUGAAAAUACUGUAUAGUUUAUAUACAGCAGUAAUUUAAUAGUGUUUUUUAAUACUAAAUGGGAUAUCUAUUAUAUCUGAUGAAAUUUUAGAAUGUUAUCCUUCCGAACCUGGCAUGUAUCAUAUUCAGAAGGUAAUGUGUUAACUGUUCCAUAAAAUUUACUCAAUAUUGUAACGUUAUGACUUUUAUUGAACAUCAUCUAAAAUGAUGAAUAUACUUUUUAAAUUUCAGAAAUUAAUAAUAAAUUGCUAAUUAUAAAGAAUAUAAUUUUGUAAUCAAAUAAUAUAAGUCCAUUGUAAAUUAUUAAGUAUAAAUAAAUUAAUUUUGGAAAUUAUAAAAACAUAUUUUAUCAUAAUGUAACGUGGUAAAUAUUAUUGUUAAUUACUAUAUAUAAAUAAUAAAUCAUCAACAAAUAACUACCGACAAUUAAUAGAAUACUUGAAUAUUAGGAACUAUUUGUGUAAGAAGAUGUUCAAUAAAAGUCAUUUCGUUAAAGUAUUAAAUAAUGGAAGUAGACACAUAGUGACGGAUGUAAAUACAAUUGUUCUGUUUCGCUUUUCACCAUAUUAAUUUAGGACCGACAUCGGAGGGUUCGAAUGUUUUAACUUGAAAGUUUGAGGCGCCAUCGAUAAGAUACAGCAGUGCUUGAAAUCAGGCAAAUCUAAGUCAAACAAUUAUUUAAAAGGCAGGAAAUACCAUAGUUUCGACAUAUUUAUUUUUUCAAAUUUGUAUUUAUGUUAUUGUAUCUGUAAUGUGUUGAAGAUGGUGUGGUUACAGGAUAGCAUUAAAUUGCAUCAGUAGAACAUACGACAGUAGAGAGUAAGAGCACUCUUUGUUGAGCGGAAGGAUUUGUACCGUUUACGUACAAUAAAAAUAUCUUUAAAAAACGGCGUCUGUAAUAAUUACAAUGCACAAAAGGAAAGGUUAAUAAAGUAAAGAUGUACUUCUCUUGCUUCAA